AUGCACAAAUCUGCAUGGGAUAUAACUAGAGAAUGGUGGGAAGAAGUGAGGUUAAAGGUCAAACAUGCCAUCAUCUACAUGGAUGCAAAAAUGGCAGAACUGCUUCAUUGGUCCGGUGGAAUAGACAUUCUGUUUUCUGCAGGAGCAGUUGAUGUUAGGGAAUUUUCUUCAUUUGAAGCUUCAGAAGAAUCUCAAAAGAAAGCAGUGUUUAUCAUCAGUUCAUCAUUGACUGACGUGACAGUGGAAAUAAUUAGAGAUGUCGUGUCACGGAGCCAUUUCCAGUAUGUGGUUGUUAUGACAACAGUGAGCCCUGUCCUUCACCCAGGUGUGGCAUUUGCAGACAGUGACACUGUGUUUUCCCAGUUUGAGGAGAAAGUUUCUGAAUGGAUGGGAAAUAUGAAUUAUACCUCUGAGGUGAUACAUGUUCCCUUAUUUUGUGCCGAAGUCUGUCCAGGGUUUGUCAUUGCCCCAGCAUUCUCCAGCAUGUUUCCUCUACUUCAGUCAGAUGUAAAACAGAUUGCCUACCAAUAUAGCAGUUGUCAUAUGGAAACAAAGAAGAUGGCAGCCUUAGAGGAUCUAGAGCUUCUCCACCUGCCAGACAAUCUUCAGGUGCAGAUCCAGCUGCUAGCAAGUGGACUUCAUGCUUGGCUUCAAGGAAUGGAUGUCAGGGAGGAUAUUUUCUCCAUUGGAAACACCAGUCGACUUGUGGCUACAGAGCUGGACUCAUACCCACCUGCAAGAGCUCGCAGAAAGACUGUUCAGAACCGAGCGUCCCUGGUGCUUGUUGAUCGAACACUAGAUAUUGCUUCAGCUGUUACACAUCAGUUUGAUACUCUCAUGGACAGAAUAAGGAAUACAUUACCAACCCUGCAGGGACAUAACAAUGACUGCCAGGUGGAUCUUCUGGAACUUUCUAAUGUCUGCAGUGAUUCUGCCAGCCGUGUGGUUUUGCCAGGAAGUUUAGCCCCUACAGAUUUUUCCAGGCAGUCCAGCCACUUGUUGCCUCUGAUUGCCAAGAAACAAAAGGAAGCUUUGAUGGAUGUUAACCGGAAACUUGUGGAGACAGCCUCAGCUGAAAAACUUCCAUUACGGUUGUCUGCUCGACCUGGUAGAAUCACCGCUGAUCAGAUUGAUUCGACUGUUGCACUCUUCAAAGGAAAAUACCCCCUCAUGAAGAAACACCUGGACACCCUGCAAAUUGCUUUGGCCACAAGUCAGUCCCUGAAGCAUCCAGUUUCCAGUUGCCAUGACAGUGCCGUGGUCGCAGAGAAGAACCUAAUCCAAGCUGUAGCUGAUAAUGAUGAUGCCACACCAAGUGGAGUGUCCAUUUUGUUGAGGUUGAUCAUGCAAGAAGUGAAUAAACCACGCAAUGAAAGAAACCUGGAUCUGGAUGACAUGCUGUGUUUGAUCACAUACUUGUAUGCUGUUGCUGAUGGGGAAUGUGGUGAUGAAGAUGAAACAAGGCAGUUGCAGGAACAGUUUAUCAGCUGGAUCAAGCAAGACAGUGAGUGUUUGUCACCAUUGGUAAAACAAAUUGUCGGAGACAAGGUGACAGAAAGCAUUCUCUCAGACCAGAUCGAGAGUGUGUGGAAACGUCUGGAAGCUCUUGGUGACACACUAGCAAGUUUUCAACAAUUUAAGUGUGUACUUGACCCAGGGGAUGCUAUGACCCCAGCCAGCACCAGAGGCCUGCUGCGUCAGAUUGUGGAGAAGAUUGUGGAUCCUGGUAAACCUGAGCUUCUGGAUGUAGAGUACAAGUCUGGAGGAUUGAAGGACCUGCUGAAGUCAGGAUUUGGGUUUUUCAAAGGUUCCGGCAAGCCACGGCCUGGAGAUGCUCCACUUCUGAUACUGUUUGUUGUCGGAGGUAUCACAGCCGGAAAGGUGAAGCAGAUCAGGGAUGUUGUUGACAAGGCUAAGCCACAGUUUGAGGUCAUUAUUGGCAGCACCAGACUUUCCAGUAUAGAUGCUACUCUUGGGUCACUUUUCAUUGCCGAUAACAUUAAUGUUGAUGUGCUGUGA